AUGUCAGCUCCCGAGAACCGAGAUACGCAAGGGCCACCCAAAGACGCGACAGAAUUAUACAGCCGCCCAACCCAUCGUUUGCAAGAGAUUAAAGUCGGAGAUAACGGCGUCCAGCUCUUGGUAUCGACAAAAGACCACCUCUAUGACGCUAAAGACGUUGGAGCUGGAGUCAACUCUUAUCAAGUUAUUGGUUCUUGGGAAGACAGUUCAGUACAAGAGCUUACCAAGAUCUUGAACCAACGCCAAGUCAUUACCAAUCGGCAGUCACCCGCAUACGCUGAAGCCUCGCGCUUUGAGAAACAUGGCGCAGGAAAGUCUCUGGCAGAGGCUGGUCGGGAGCCAUACAAUAGGGCCGCGGACAGGCAGCAGAGGAGCGAAUAG